GUCGACCGGCGACUUCUCCCUGGAAAAGAGCGAGAAACGCGCUCUACGGGAAGAAUUGGACUCCACCGGCCUCCGAUGACCAGCCUGGGACUGAGAGCACUGGAGUCCCGACCCACAAGUGAGCGUCCCCAGGAGGACAGGUCGAGGUCGCCAUCCCAUGCGCCAUGGCCGCGCCCGCCCGCCGUCUGUGCCACAUCGCCUUCCACGUGCCCGCCGGGCAGCCCCUUGCCCGGGACCUGCAGCGUCUCUUCGGCUUCCAGCCCUUGGCGGCGCGGGAGGCGGACGGCUGGCGGCAGCUGGCCCUGCGAAGCGGCGACGCUGUUUUUUUGGUAAACGAGGGCGAGGGACCAGGGGAGCCGCUGUACUGCCUGGACCCGCGGCACGCGGUGCCGAGCGCCACGAACCUGUGCUUCGACGUGGCGGACGCUGGUGCUGCCGCCAGGGCGCUGGCUGCGCGGGGCUGCCGCGUUCCGGUGCCCCCUGUUAGUGUGCAGGACGCGCGGGGCGCCGCCACCUAUGCCGUGGUCAGCUCGCCCGCCGGCAAUCUCAGCCUGACCUUGCUGGAGCGCGCCGACUACCGCGGGACCUUCCUUCCAGGCUUUGAGCCCGUAUCCUCCGCGCCGGGCCCCGGCUGGGUCAGCCACGUGGACCAUCUGACCUUGGCCUGCACCCCCGGCAGCUCCCCCACACUUUUGCGCUGGUUCCACGACUGCCUGGGCUUUUGCCACUUGCCGCUGAGCCCAGGUGAGGAUCCGGAGCUGGGCCUCGAGGUGGCAGCAGAGUCUGGGCGCGGGGGGCUGCGGCUUACAGCACUGCAGACCCCACCAGGCAGCCUUGUUCCCACCCUCGUGCUGGCUGAGUCCCUGCCGGGGGCCGCCAGAGGACAGGACCAGGUGGAGCAGUUCCUGGCUCGGCACAGGGGGCCAGGCCUGCAGCACGUAGGACUAUAUACGCCCAACAUCAUGGAGGCCACCGAGGGGGUGGUAGGGGCCGGGGGCCAGCUGCUGACUCCCCCUGAGGCAUACUACCAGCAACCAGGCAAAGAGAGACAGAUCUUAGAGGCAGGGCGGGAGCCUAGCCUUCUGGCCCGACAAGGAAUCUUGCUAGAUGGUGAUAAAGGCAAGUUUCUGCUUCAGGUCUUCACCAAGUCCCUUUUUGCUGAGGACACCUUCUUCCUGGAGCUGAUUCAGAGGCAGGGGGCCACAGGCUUUGGCCAGGGCAACAUCAGGGCCCUGUGGCAGUCCGUGCAGGAGCAAGCUGCCAGAAGCCAGGAAGCCUGAGGAGUGUCACAGCCACUAGUCCUGAAGCUCUGGGCCAGCACAGGGCCUGCUGAAGCCAAGAACACCUGCAGGAGGCGGAGCUAGUGGAAGGCUUUCCCCCGGGCUAGGUGUGACCUCCUUCCCUUCAGUAACUGCCAGAAGUUGAGUCUCUUCCUGAUUCCCUCCCAAAGGGGGAAUUUAAAAAAAAAAACUAUAGACCAUUUCUUAUACAACUUAUAUCCAAUACAUAUACACAAUAUAAGGAAUAAAAGAAUUUCACAAUCAGGAAAUAGAAUGUAACCAAUACUUUUGAGGCCUCCUUGGAUCCCAUUUCCUUCCCACUCACCCCCCCUCCAAAUUCUAAGAUUAUGAACCCUUUUUCUGUAUUGUUUCACUACAUAUGUAUCCCUAAAAAAAUGAUUUCACAUUCGAAGCAGGAAUUUAAGAAAGCACAAAUCCUCCCCUAGGGAGCAACCACUGCAGAUGGGGAGAGGCUGAGUCAGGACUGAGCUUCCAGCCACCUGCUCUAGGGUGACACCACUACUCCAAUCAGAGCUGGCCUGAAACCUAGACAGAGAGUGUUGGGUGUCAGCCACUGGCAGGUGCUCCCUUCAGCUGCCUUUACUCUCUUUCCUGGGGGUGGGGGAAGAGAUCACUCUGGAAAGAACAUUCCCCCGCCAUCUGCCAAGGACUGGUUGGGAGCUCAGCUGGUGGAAGUCAGGACCAAGCGGGACUUCACUACUUUCUGGGUCCCUCAGAGGCGUGCUCUAAGGUCAAGUUCAGGCAGUGCCACCUGCCCCACCCGACCCCCGGGCCGCGCGGAUGAAGACAGCACGACACCGAAGCCCCACGUUCCCGCCCGGAGGUCCUGGAAGAAGA